CCGACACUUGAGCGCUGCCAAAGUUUGGCCGGUUCUACCGCCAUGACGGGGUCAACGCAGGAGCACACGCACAAUAAAACACAGGAUCAGUCACCGAGAAAGAGUCGGAGACGGAAGAACGGACAGAGUGAGAGAGAUGAGAGAGCGAUGGUGCGGGGAUUAUAUAUCAGAGUGACGGUAUUUAGGGAAGAGGUGAGCACAGAAGAGAAUAGAGAUAGAUAGUGGAUAGCAGAGAGAGAGAGGGAGGGCGAGAGAGAGAGAGAGAGAGAGAGGGAGGGCGAGAGAGAGCUAGAGUAGAGAGAGAGAGAGAGAGGGGAGAGGGAGGAUCACCAGGCUCCGCGAGCAGGAUCAGCAACAGAAAGAGACGGAGAGAGAGAGCAGCAAAGAGUCGGAGCAGAGCACCACUGAGGACUAAAGGACUAUCACAGGCGAGACAGGAAUGCCAAGAACAAGGGGCGACAAAGACGGACGGACGCCGAGCGAAGGGGAAAACGGGACGAGAGCAAACCGACAAUGGCCAGAGAUUCCGUCCCGCUCAUCAUGUGCAGGCCACCGCUCCGAAGCGCGGAGCAAUGUGCAAUCGGAAGAGGCCAAACUAGUUAGGAGGCCGUUAAUGGAAGUACACUGAGUUAGAGCCUUAUUGGAUAUUGAAUUCCUGCCUCCAGCGUGCACAUACGAACUCUCUCACACGGCCUCAUAAACACAACUCAUCGGGGUGAAAUUAAAAACAGGCUGGAAACAUUUGCACCCUCCGCUGUGGAAGGACCUGCCGACACCCGCUGAUGUCACAGCUUGCCUCCGUUGCGUUCAGCUCCUCCGGGGGCUGAACCAACCUGCGGGGGAGUAUGGGCAGGAGGCUGGCCGACCCGACCAACCCGGUGCCCACGCUGGGGGUUCCGCUGGCGGGGGGGCGAUGGGGCCCACUGUGCAGCGUCGGGGUGCAGACGUCUCCUGGACUGCGAUCGCUCCCCUCCCUCAAACGCCUCAGCAGCCAACCGCGCAGCGCGCAGCGCCCCCUCGCCAUGGCAACGGACACAGCGGCGACGGCCGAGACGGCGGGUGUCACCGAAGGCGACGCCAACCACGUGCCGUUGUCUAAGGAGACGUCGCAGAACGAGAUCAACAGCCUGACGCAGGACGACGUGGGGUCACAGGGGUCAGGCAGCGGCGUCUACUGCCAGAUCAAAGCCAGCCGGCCGAGAGAGGCGGGGGGGAAGAGGCCCGCUCGCUACACCAACGGCAGCGUGGUGGCCUCCGAUAUGGUGGGAGGGGUCUGCAGCGAGGCCACGGAGGCCACGGAGCCAUUCCAAGAGCGGAGGAGAGUCCAGUCGCUGCGCGGGGAGAGCCACCGCUCCGUGCUGAAGACGGGAAGCGCGUGCACGCCCGCGCACGUGACCCCGCCCCGGCCCUGCCGCGCGGCCGCCGCCUCCCCGUCCCGCCUCUGCGCCGCGUGCGGCAGGAGGCGCUCGCAGGUCACGCAGUGCACCGGCGCGUGUCGCAGGAGGGCCGUCAACGAGGUCACAGCCAGCCAGACGCUGCCGAACCCCCGCAAGGCCUCCGCGGCCCCCGACCACGCGAGAAAGGACCCGGGGCCGGAGCCCCGGGCCAGACACGCCGCGGCGCACGCCCCCGCGAGGCCGCCGCAGCUGUCGCACACUAUACCAAAAUCACACAACUCGCACUGCGACCAAAUAUCCCAGAGCAGAGCGAAAAAGACGCGGCCGCUGUCGGCAGAGUUCACACAUUACAAGGACUCGGCCACGCAGACGACGGACACGCUGCCCAGCGGCGACGCGGACAGGACGACAGGCGGCGCAUCACAACCAGAGCACCCCAACGACUGGAACCCAGACGCGUCUGUCCGCGUCAGCUCCAGACUGUCCAUCCCACUCGACUCCAAACCCGUCCCUAAACCACCUCUCUCACCCAGGAGCUCUCCCAAAUCCACACGCUCCACACCCAACACGCCCGUAGCGCAACUCAAACAAGCCCGCGACACCACAGACGCCCCCAAACAAGCGCUCCCGGAGAAUCCCAAACACACACCACUGGACGACCACACUCCUUUGCCUUGUAAAACCCAUAUGAAAGCACAAUGCAACGGGGCCCCGGGGGGGCUGUCGGGGGGGUUGUCGGGGGGGCGCGGCGGGAAGCCGCCGUGCGGGCUGGAGAGGCAGCUGCAGAGCGUGGAGGAGAACCUGCUGUCCAACCAGGAGAAGAUCAAGGUGCUCCUCAACGUCAUCCAGGACCUGGAGAAGAGCAAGGCCCUCAGCGAAGGUCGCAGCUCAUACAGGACCGGCCAGGACAUCAACAACUGCCCCACCUGCCAAAGGACGGCCUGCAUCAUCUACAGCGUCGAGCACGAUUUCCGACAGCAGGAGGGUCGCUUCCAGGAGAUCCUCGAGGCUCUGGAGGGGGAGUAUGAUGUGCCUGCGCCCGCGCUGACGAAGCCCACGCCAGCGCCUUCCUCCUGCAGCCGCCCCAGCACCAAGGCCCGGGUCAAGAAACUCCGCAAGAAGUGCUUCUGGUGGCUGUAACCGCUGGAGAACCCGAGCAGCCUUACGGGUGUGGAGUGGUUUCUGUGGGACCAAACGCCUCUCAUCACGGUCUGUGAGUGUUUAGUGUGACGGUAAAAUCGACAGCGCCUGUAAGUGGCACGAUUUCCACUCCAACUCCCUGAUGAAAUGAACCAAGGACCAGGUAGAGCUGGUUGAAGAGCAACGGAAAAGACCAAAGGAGCUGUGAUCUGUGGCAGAACGUAAGGAUGUUAUAUGUGAUUUGUAACUCACUUGUGACUGAAAGUGAAGAUACUGCUAUCCCAUAAUACUCAGUAAGAAAUGAAGCAUCAGCGUGUUGGAUGACAGACGGGCAAACUGUUUGGCGCUUGGCAGCGUAGCUCCGUAAACAGAUGCAGGAAUGGAUUGAUGCCAAGGUUGAUUCACGUCUACAGCUGAGAGUGAAUCUCAACCGUUUUGGCUAAAUUACAGCAAUAAGCAGCGAAACUGGAAUGAGUCUGAAACACCCAAGGAAUUUCACAGCUAAUUGUGUCUUUGGAGGCCUCCAAAACCAACGUCUGAAUGUAGCAGAAACGAAGGCGUACGAGCAGAAAAGAAGCUCACUGGAAGCGAGAGGACAGGACGCCGCGCUUUGGAGAGCACGGCUGAAAUUGUAUUAAGGAUACAAUAAGAGACAUUGUGAUAGGCAGCUGACCGGCGGCUGACAGGCUGCGUCCCACCAUUAAAAUUCUGUCAACUUUGACUGACAGAGUGAUUGAUUCUCUUCUUUAUUACCAUCCAAAAUGGAAAUGUUACGAUCAAUCUUGUUUCAAGGAUUGCUGUUUUUUCACUCGUGUGCAAACGCUUGCAGCCAAUAACGCACAUAAUGUAAAGUCAGAGAAACCAUAAGUUCACACACACACACACACACACAGUCCAACACACACUCAGUAGAUUAGCAAACAAGGGUAUACCAGUUGUUAGCUUACUGUUCAAGAUUGGCCUGUAGAGAUGUUGUUGUAUAAAUGUAUCAAUAUUUGCAAAUGGGGCAGCAAUGAAAUCUAUAUGAAUCCCACUAAAACUGUUAGCUGUCAGCCGUUAAUGUCUGGAGAGUUUGGCAUUGUGUAAUUUAGCAUCACUGCUCUCCAGCUACCAGCCACCAUGUAAGUUAGCCCAGGGGUGGCAGCGUGCAUUUUCAUAUUAAGUGCAUACAGUACAAGUCAGUCGUUUUGCUCCCCCUCAGCAUGCUCACAUUCAAAAUUCCAUAGAUAAUUAUUCCCAAAUAUGUAAACAAAGAAAAUGUACUGCAGGUUUACA